AUGUCUUCCUCUACCCAAAGCAGCUCUGUGAAGUCGUUCCCUACGAUCAAGCAUGUGCGCACGUUUCUCACUCAGGGCCCGGGGUCUGGUGGUGAUUACCACAACGUGCACGGUGGCCACUGGUUGAUCGACAGCAAGAUCUCGACUCCCAUGUCGCAGUACGAAAAGUACAGGAAGUCAAGGACCAGCUGGGGCAUCAACGUCCUCGGUUCUUUCUGCGUGGAGCUCGAGGCUACAGAUGGCACAAAGGGUUUCGCGACUGGCUUCGGUGGCCCGCCAGCAUGCUGGCUGGUCGCAGAACACUUCGAACGCUUCCUGCUCGGCGCCGAUCCCAGAGAUACCAACUAUCUCUUCGAGCAGAUGUACCGUGGAAGUAUGUUUUACGGUCGCAAGGGUCUUCCUGUCGCCGUCAUCUCCGUCAUCGAUCUCGCUAUAUGGGACCUUCUGGGCAAGAUCCGUAACGAGCCCGUGUAUAAGAUGCUUGGAGGAUCAACCCAGGAGAAUGGCAGGCUGAACUUCUACUGCACUGGUCCUGAACCGGCCGCAGCCAAGGAGAUGGGUUUCUUCGGUGCUAAGGUUCCUCUGCCAUACGGUCCAGGUGAGGGCGUCGAAGGCUUGAAGAAGAACGUCGAGUUCCUUACCAAGCACCGCGAGGCUGUUGGACCGGACUUCCCUCUCAUGGUUGACUGCUACAUGUCUCUCACCGUUGCCUACACAAUCGAAGUUGUCAAGGCGACCGCGCACUUGAACCUCAACUGGUGGGAGGAGUGCCUUAGCCCGGAUGAUACCGAUGGCUUUGAGCAGAUCAAGCGCGCUCAUCCCAGCCAGAAGUUCACGACGGGAGAGCACGAGUACUCUAGGUACGGCUUCCGCAAGCUGAUCGAAGGCCGCAACCUGGACAUCCUCCAGCCUGACGUCAUGUGGGUUGGAGGUAUGACAGAGCUCAUUAAGAUCGCUGCCAUGGCAUCUGCAUACGACAUUCCUGUCGUUCCUCACGCUUCCGGGCCAUACUCAUACCACUUUGUCGUCUCGCAAGCCAACUCUCCCUUCCAAGAGUACCUGGCCAACAGCCCUGAUGGCAAAUCUGUGCUGCCAGUGUUUGGUAACCUUUUCACCAACGAGCCCAUCCCCACAAAGGGCUACCUCGACGUCAAGGACCUCGACCUGCCCGGUUUCGGCCUCGAGCUGAACCCCAACGCUGGUCUCAUCGACGCUGCGCGGAUCCUCAACCCUGCGCCCGUCAAGGCUCUGAAGUCCGCUGAAGAGCAGGAGUCCCAGGCCAACGGUGCAACAAAUGGCCACGCGUAA